UCACAGUUCGCAGAGCUAUUAAAUUAGCAAUAACUAGUAGACACUUUGAUUCUAUCGACCUAUAUUUGAUUCUAUCCCUCAUCGUCCGCUCUGCAAAAAUGUCGAAGCGUUCUGCUGAUCAGCCGUCUCACAGUUGUCUCGCUGUGGAAUUUCUGCGCGGACUGCAUGAACUGCAGUCUACAGGAGACCUGUGCGAUGUGAAGCUGAAGAGCAACGAAGGAGAAUCAGCGGUGGUCAUCUCCUGCCAUCGCAACGUACUCAGCGUCCACAGCCUCUACUUUCGAUCGCUUUUUAAAUGGAAGAAAGGGAAGGAUUCCUCACAGCCAGAGUUGCUCGAUUUCGACGGUCCCACUUUGAACGAACUGGUGCACUACGCUUAUACUCUGGAUAUGAGCCUCAACGAUGACAACGUUGCGGACAUCCUAGUUGCGGCGCAGUUUCUGCAGAUGGAUGGCGCUAUUGGACACUGCUGCAAUUACUACGAGACGCACAUGCGCCUCUCCAACUGCCUGACCGUCCACGCGCUCGCCACAAUGUACCAAAAUCCCAGUCUGGCCGCCGCCGCCCUGGCCACCAUUCAUCCACACUUCCUGCGCUGGGCGCAGAGCCAGGAUUUCCUGCGGAUGGAGGCGCAACAGCUGGCUGCGCUGAUUGCAUCGGAUGAGGUGGAAGUGAACAGUGAGGAUGAAGUUUUGGAGGCGGUGCUGCGCUGGUUGGAUUACGAUCGUCCCGGACGACUGCUGCAAGUACCCACGGUGCUGCAGAGCAUCCGCGCUCCGUUCCUCAGUGCCCAGUCUCGGCUGCAGUACGAUUUGGCCUUGGAAAGUGCGGCGGCUGGGAUGGUCGAUGAAUUGGCCGGCGGGAUACAGAACAACAAUAACACCACCCAGCGGCAUUCAGUCGGUGCACACGAAGUGAUGUUCUGCGUGAAUGUUUACGAUGCGGACAGUAAGGGAACGGCGGUGCAGGUGUUCGACCCGUCGAUUCCGGCUGUGUGGGACCUGAAGAAAUUGUCACUCCCUGCGGACAUCAGUAGCGUCGUGAUGCUGGACGGUCGUUGGAUGAUGAUCUCCAGCGCUAUCCAUGGCUGGAAAAUCGUCCAGCGCAACCGUCGCUUCACCGGCCUGGUUGAAGAGUGGGGACCGCCGGUGGCCGGCAUGCACACCUGGCGCGUCUCAGGAGCUCCAGCUGCUCUGGAUGAUCGUGUUUAUGUGGCCGGUGGCUAUGACUUAAAACGCUCGCAGCUCAUCCUGUCGACUAUGGAAGUAUACGAUUUCCCAAGUAAUUCGUGGCGUACGCUGGCUGAUCUACCGGUGCCUCUCACGGGUUUGGUGAUGGUGGCACAUGAUGGGCUACUGUACGCGUUCGGAGGGUCUAUCGCGAUUGGCAACGUUAGCAACUUGGUCCACGCCUACCACCCCGCGGAUAACACGUGGAGCCGACUGGCCGACAUGCCUAUGGCACGCGACAGUUUUGCGGCGUGCGUGGGUCCCGACGGGUGGAUCUACGUUGUUGGGGGACGAGCCAGUGACCUGGGGGUCUGUGCGCGCGUGGAGGCCUACAAUCCCGUCACCAACAAGUGGCUGAGAAAAGGAGACCUGGUGCACCCGCGUAAGGAUCUGGCAUGUGCGUGUCUGGGCGGGGAGCUGUACGUCCUCGGUGGGUACGUUUCGGGCACCGAGAACGAUCCUAACCACGAUAGCAUCGAAGUGUAUGACGCCGAGGCGGAUCGCUGGACACUGCAUGAAUGCCGCUUGCUGGCUCCCAACUUGGGCUUCGCCUGUGUUAAGAUGAAAUUGAAGCGGGCUUGAGUUUGCCUGGCCUGGCUUGGUCGGAGUGAAAGCGAGCCGGUUACUGGUGGCACUUGUGACGGGAAGUGGGAUAAAUGCAGCGACGAAAACGCGAGUACGUAUCCGUUUUUUUAGCAUGUUGGUGACAUUUUCUUCUCGGUGUAUUGGAUGUUUUAUGUUGAGAAACUGCCAAGGCCAUAGUUUAUUUUCUUUAUCGUAAAAUUAAUAAUGUUCUGUUUUUUCUUGUGAAUUCAGCGUUAGAUUUUAUUGGGUGAGAUGUCGUUCCGAUGAUCUCCUGUUGAUCUUAACUGUCUAGCAGUAA